AAGAAAGUCUUAUUUCUAGCAGCUGGCCCUUUGAGAAAAGUGUCUGGCAUUAGCAAAACACUGGGCAUUUCUUUCCGCCAUUUGGGUAGAUCUAGAAUAAUUGGAAUGUAGAAAAGGUUGCCUGUUUCGAUCAUGUCCAAACCCCAUAGAUUCCUCUUGCACAACGGCUAUUUAGUUGGAUUUUUGUGGCUGUGUGGGUGUAGGACUGCAGCAAGCACUCAUGAUUUCAUCCUGUGAAAGGACUGCAUCCACAUCCAACUUUUUUUCUUUUAUGGUCUGGCUCUCUGCCAUAUGUUCAGUGAAUAAAUUGGAUGUGACUGAGCAAUUUCUGAACCAAACUACUGCAGCGAAGGCAUUAGCCAGCGCAAUAAGGACUAGAAGAGAGCUUCAAGACCAGUUACCAGGAUUUUCCAGGGUCUCCAACAAUGAUAUUGCGCUCAAGAUUCCAAAAGCCUUCAGAGGUGAAGAAUAGAAAACGACAAAUGAGGUGUGGUAAAGAUAAACGGAAAAAAUCAACUGCAUCUCGGAUAGCAAUGGACCAGGAAACUACGCGUAAAAAUCAAAACCUAAAGAAAUCAUCAAGUAAAUGUGAAGCAUACCAACACUAUGACAGAAAGAAAUGUUACAUACUGACAAGGGACUCAAAAACUCUGCGUUUUGAUUUAGACGACAAUGGCUGUCAUAAAAUAUCAAUUGAGGAUUCACAAUCCAUUGAAGAUAUUGCAUGGUUAGACAUAUUCACAAGCAACAAACCGAAUAAUUAUGCUCUGGUGGCCAGAAACAGCACUAAAAAACGUUGUAAAAAUUUGGUGACCAUGACCCAGCGAUCAAAAAAUAACUUUCUCCUAUUGGGCAAGAAUAAGAAACAACUGUGUCUGAAGGUCUUGAAUCCAAAUGGUAAGGCACCACAGGGUCAUAUGGUGGCAGGACACAGCAUGGAAGAGAUUACAGGUGGCGCUCCUGACCCCAGACAGUUGACUGAACAAGAAAACCAGCUGUUCAUCAUGCAUUACAACGAAGAAGAUUCAGUUAGGUUUCAGUGUUAUGAGGAUCAGAACUACUACCUUCAUGUGAACAAGGACUCCGUUGAUCUAUGCAAGAUGAAAGAAACAGAUGCUGAUACAGGAAAAGACUUCUAUUUCAAGGUGGCAUAUGUGUGAUACAUAGUUCCCCAGACCUUGCAAUGACUCAAGUAUGUACACAGCCCCUGAAAUGAGCCAAUACAAAAUAGAAAUGAAGGGAGAUUGAGAUCACGGGGGGAUUAAGUUCCUUAGUUUUGUAUCAAGUUUUUCUAUAGCUUCUGUUUCAUGAUUCACUAUUUUUGAUGUCUAAGGGAGAGGUUAUUUUGUGUUUUAAAUAUGCUGUACCUGAGCGAAGUAUGUAACUUAGAGAAGGGAUGGCUAGCAGUGUUUUAGAAAAAAAAAAGCAAUUUCUUGGUAACUUUUUUUUCCUUGACAUUAUAUUUAUACUUUAAAGGAGGCUGAUUUAGGAAGUGGGGAACAUAACAGCAGGGACCCAAAAAUAGGAAGAGAGAAUCACAGAAAAGAUAACACUUUUAAUAUUACAUUUUGUAAUAAGAAACUGUAUUUCUUAAAUGUCGCACAUAAAUUCACCUGAAAAACCAUGAAGGAGAUUAAUAAUUAUUCAGCAGCCACUACAUGUACGUGAAUGUGUGUGUACAAUGUACUUACUUUACUGAGGCUUUGCUACACCAGCCAUUCUGCUCCCACCCUGGAGAUCUGAAAAAAAGAGCAUAAGGACAGAGGGCUAGUAGUUAAAGGCUAACAGCAAAGCUAUUCCACCUUCUUUACCACCCCCCAAGUAAAUCCAUUUACCUUUCCAAGCUACUCCAGCCCCCAUUCUUCAUCUUUCCACCCCCACCAAAAAAAAAACAGCUGAAUGGCCUGAGAAUCCCACUGCAUUAGCAGGAAGAGGGCAGAUUGGGCAUCAUGGAAGGAUGUGCUCCCUGUGAACUUUGGUCUGAUCAAUUCCCAACUCGAUCCUAGAGGGAAACACAAUAGAGAAGGAAAUCUUUAGCUCAGGUACAGAGCAAAGUACAAAACAGUACAAACAAAAAUUGAAAUAAGUGUCUGAAUAAAUGAAUUCAAAGAAUAAACUCAAGCUUCUUACCUUGGGCUUGCAGCAGGUCUUGUGCAGGACAGAGCCAUCUGAAAUAGGCAAAGGAACAAACCAGAAAUAUGAAGUAGUUGGAUCUAGACAUCAUGGCUCUGAUUCUCCAUUUCCCAGCACCUUACUUAGUUAUUUACCCAGUGUAAAGUAGGUGUAAAACACUACCAUUGAUUUCAUAACCGCUUAAACUCAUUUUGCUCUGGUGUAAAUGACUACACAACAGCAAACCAGGCCUUAAAUAUCAGAAGUUACGCAACUGCUCCAGGGUACUAUACCUGGAACUGCAGGUUUGGUGAAACAAUGCACAGGUCCCACAACAUUUGCAGAGAAUGUUCUGUGCGGAUAUAUAUACUGUGUGCACCUGAAGCAGGAAACCUAAUGUGAACACUCAAUCAUACUAGGCCAAGUUGCAACCAAGCAAUUCUCUAGUAGAAAAGGCUUCAAAGUUGUGUGAGACCAUGCAAGAAUAGAAACAGAACUUAAUUUUCCCUCAUAGCCAUGCAUAAUGCUACUGCUGGGCUAACACCCUGUUAUACUCUUUAAAUAGUGAGAAUGUGUGCCAAACCUGUGAAGAAACCAAAGAACUUUGCUGCUCAAUAAACAAUUAAGAGAUUCUGACAUAA